UCCGAGGCAGCGGCCGGAGCCCCGGACCCAGGAGGCCCAAGGAGCUGGAGGUGACCCUGAGGCAGCGAGACCCCAGAGGAAGGGCGCGAGCCCCGCAGACGACUGUGCACCACCCCAGGCUGGGCUCCUGUCAGGAGGGGGUGCUUGUUCCCAGGCAGUGCCUCCAUCCCUGCCCCUGGAGGCUCAGAGGCAGCUGCUCCAUGCAGAACUGAAACUGGUCCUGCAGCAGAAGGGAGAGAGGAAGCAGGAGCCUGGGGCCCAGGUGACUCCCAGCAGCGCCAUGGAGGCCAGGAGCCGGAGUGUUGAGGAGCUGAGACGGGCGGAGUUGGUGGAGAUCAUCGUGGAGACGGAGGCGCAGACCGGGGUCAGCGGCAUCAACGUAGCCGGCGGCGGCAAGGAGGGAAUCUUCGUCCGCGAGCUGCGUGAGGACUCACCUGCGGCCAGGAGCCUCAGCCUGCAGGAAGGGGACCAGCUGCUGAGCGCCCGAGUGUUCUUCGAGAACUUCAAGUACGAGGACGCACUACGCCUGCUGCAAUGCGCCGAGCCUUACAAGGUCUCCUUCUGCCUGAAGCGCACUGUGCCCACCGGGGACCUGGCGCUGCGGCCUGGGACCGUGGCCGGCUACGAGAUCAAGGGCCCGCGGGCCAAGGUGGCCAAGCUGAACAUCCAGAGUCUGUCCCCUGUGAAGAAGAAGAAGAUGGUGGUGCCCGGGGCCCUGGGGGUCCCUGCAGACCUGGCCCCUGUUGACGUCGAAUUCUCCUUUCCCAAGUUCUCCCGUCUGCGUCGAGGCCUCAAAGCCGAGGCUGUCAAAGGUCCUGUCCCAGCUGCCCCCACCCGCCGGCGCCUCCAGCUGCCUCGGCUACGUGUCCGAGAAGUGGCCGAAGAGGCCCAGGUAGCCCGACUGGCCGCUGCCGCUCCUCCCCCCAGGAAGGCCAAAGCAGAGGCCGAGGUGGCUGCAGGAGCCCGAUUCACAGCUCCCCAGGUGGAGCUGGUUGGGCCUCGGCUGCCGGGUGCUGAGGUGGGUGUCCCCCAGGUCGCAGCCCCCAAGGGGCCGGGGGAGGCGGCCCCUGCGGCAGAGGUAGUCAGCGGCUUUGCCCUCCACUUGCCAGCCCUUGGGCUGGGAGCCCCAGCUGCACCUGCUGUGGAGCCUGCGGCUGGAGGGAUCCAGGUCCCCCAAGUGGAGCUGCCCACCUUGCCCUCGCUACCCACUCUGCCCACACUUCCCUGCCUGGAGACCCGGGAAGGGGCUGCGGCAGUGAUGGUGCCCACCCUGGACGUGGCAGCGCCUACAGUGGAGGUGGACCUGGCCUUGCCUGGUGCAGAGGUGGAGGCCCGAGCAGAGGCGCCUGAGGUGGCCCUGAAGAUGCCCCGCCUCAGUUUCCCCCGCUUUGGGGCUCGAGCAAAGGAAGUUGCUGAGGCCAAGGUGGCCAAGGGCAGCCCUGAGGCCAGGGUGAAGGGGCCCAAACUUCGAAUGCCCACCUUUGGGCUUUCUCUCCUGGAGCCCCGGCCCGCUGUCCCUGAAGCCGUUGAGAGCAAGCUGAAGCUGCCCACCAUCAAGAUGCCCUCCUUUGGCAUCGGGGUCUCGCCGCCUGAGGUCAAGGUGCCCAAGGGGCCUGAGGUGAAGCUCCCCAAGGCCACAGAAGUCAAGGUCCCCAAAAUGCCCGAGGCAGGCCUUCCAGAUGUGCGACUCCCAGAGGUGGAGCUCCCCAAAGUGUCAGAGAUGAAACUCCCAAAGGUGCCGGAGAUGGCUGUGCCAGAGGUGAGGCUUCCAGAGGUGCAGCUGCCGAAGGUCCCUGAGGUGAAACUCCCGAAGGUGCCCGAGAUGGCCGUGCCAGAAGUGCAGCUCCCAGAAGUGCAGCUCCCGAAAGUCCCAGAGCUGAAGCUGCCAAAGGUACCCGAGAUGAAAUGCCCCGAAAUGAAACUCCCAAAGGUGCCUGAGAUGGCUGUGCCAGAGGUGCGACUCCCAGAGGUACAGCUGCCAAAAGUCUCGGAGAUGAAACUCCCCAAGUUGCCUGAGAUGGUCGUGCCGGACGUGCACCUCCCGGAAGUGCAGCUGCCAAAAGUCUCAGAGAUGAAAGUCCCCGACGUGAAACUCCCUGAGAUGAAGCUCCCAAAGGUGCCCGAGAUGGCUGUGCCAGAGGUGCGACUCCCAGAGGUAGAGCUGCCAAAAGUCUCGGAGAUAAAACUCCCCAAGUUGCCUGAGAUAGUCGUGCCGGACGUGCACCUCCCGGAAGUGCAGCUGCCAAAGGUGUCGGAGAUGCGGCUGCCAGAAGUGGAGGCGCCAAAGGUCCCAGAUGUGCAUCUGCCGAAGGCACCUGAGGUGAAGCUGCCCAAGGCUCCAGAGGUGCAGCUAAAAGCUGCCAGGGCAGAGGAAGCAGAGGGGGUAGAAUUUGGCUUCAAGAUGUCCAAGAUGACCAUGCCCAAGCUAGGGAGGGCAGAGUCCCCAUCUCGAGGCAAGCCAGGUGAGGCUGGUGCUGAGGUCUUGGGGAAGCUGGUGACGCUUCCCUGUCUGAAGCCAGAGAUGGGCAGCGAGGCUCGUGUGGGUGUCCCCUCUCUCACACUGCCCUCAGUGGAACUAGACCUGCCCGGGGCCUUCGGCCUGGAGGGGCAGGUCCCAGCAGCCGACGUGGGCAAGGUGGAGCAGUCAGAAGCCCCUGGGGUGGUAGCAGGGGUCGGGGAAAUGGCCUUCUGGUUGCCCUCUGUUGAGAUCAUCACGCCACAGCUGCCCACAGUGGAGGUUGAGGAAGGGCAAGCAGAGGUGACGGAGGUGAAAGUCAAGCCUUCCUCCAAGUUCUCCCUGCCCAAGUUUGGACUCUCGGGGCCAAAGGUGACCAAGGCAGAGGCUGAGGGGGCUGGACGAGCCGCCAAGCUAAAGGUGUCCAAGUUUGCCAUCUCACUCCCCAAGGCUCGGGUGGGCACCGAGGCGGAGGCCAGAGGGACGGGGGAGGCAGGCCUGCUGCCCGCCCUCGAUCUGUCCAUCCCACAGCUCAGCCUGGAUUCCCAUCUGCCCACAGGCAAGGUGGAGGUGGCAGGGACUGAUGCCAAGCUCAAGGGGCCCAGGUUCGGCCUGCCCAAGUUUGGGGUCAGAGGCCGGGACAGCGAGGCGGGAGAACUAGUGCCAGGGGCGGCUGAGUUGGAGGGCAAGAGCAGGGGUUGGGAUGCGAGGGUGAAGAUGCCCAAGCUGAAGAUGCCCUCCUUUGGGCUGGCUCGAGGGAAGGAAGCAGAAAUCCAAGGGGGGCGAGUCAGCCCCGGGGAAAAGCCAGAGUCCACGGCUGUGCAGCUUAAGAUCCCUGAGGUGGAACUGGUUACUCUCGGGGCCCAGGAGGAAGGGCAAAUGUCCGCAACCAGACAGGUGGGCACUGAGGGCCAGGACGGGGGGCCGAGGGGGCCGCUAUGCAUCUCCCUGCCCCAGGUGGAGCUGCCCAGCUUUGGGGAGGCUGGCCUGGGUGUCACCCCCGGGCAGCAGGCCAAGAGUGCAUCUCCUCCAGCAGAGAGCACACCAGGCUAUAGGAUCCAGGUGCCUCAGGUGGCCUUGUCUCUACCUGGAGCCCAGGUGGUGGGUGAGGGUGUCUUCAAGACGCCCGCUGUGACAGUGCCCCAGCUUGAGCUGGACGUGGGGCUGAGCCGAGAGGUGCAGGUGCGUGAGGCAGCCACGGGUGAGGGCGGGCUGAGGCUGAAGAUGCCCACGCUGGGGGCUAGAGAUGCGGCGGGGGGUGAGGGGCCUAGGGACCAGCCCCCAGGGGCCGAGCGCACCUUCCACCUCUCGCUGCCUGACGUGGAGCUCUCCCCGCCCGCUGUGGGCAGCCAUGCCGAAUACCAGGUGUCCGAGGGCGAGGGGGAUGCCGGCCACAAGCUCAAGGUGCGGCUGCCCCGGUUCGGCCUGGCACGGGCCAAGGAGGGGGCUGAGGAGGCCGAGAAGGCCAAGAACCCAAAACUCAGGCUGCCCCGCGUGGGCUUCAGCCAGAGCGAGGCGGCCGGUGGGGAAGGCUCCCCCAGCCCCGAGGAGGAGGAGGAGGAGGGCUGCGGGGAAGGGGCCUCCGGGCGCCGAGGCCGCGUCCGAGUCCGCUUGCCCCGUGUGGGCCUGACUACCCCUUCCAAGGCCUCUCGGGGGCAGGAGGGCGAGGCGGCCCCCAAGUCACCUGGAGGGGAGAAGUCACCCAAGUUCCGCUUCCCCCGGGUGUCCCUAAGCCCCAAGGCCCAGGAGGAAGGUGGAUUCCGAGUCCGGCUGCCCAACGUGGGGUUUUCGGAGACGGGGCCUCCAGGCCCCGCGAGGAUGGAGGGGGCUCAGGCUGCCGUCAUCUGAAACCCCUCAGCAGAGGGAGACGCCCAUCCCCCUCCUCGUUUUGUGUGUGAGAUAACUAGCACUAACCCUCAGAGGGCUGGGAGGCGGGCGACUGACCGGGUCAGGGCCGGGGAGUCCGUGCCUGGCUCUUUGGCAGGAGUGCCCGUGUCUUGCCAAGCCAUGUGAAUAAAAUAAUCCAGAGGUA